AUGACAACACCUUUUGGCGCCUUCCUCGCUACCAAAGUGCCGAAGCUGAAGCACGUAUACUUAUAUGUCCCAACCGGUGGAGAGAAGACCUACUGCACCUGGGGGCCUACGGAGCUCGAGACAUUGGUAGCGUACAAAUGCAUCGAGCGGCUGUCUUAUGUGUUUCUGGGCUCGGAAGCGGCCAGGGCUCUACGCAGAUGCAAAGACAGCGAUGACUGCUUCAGCCGGCUUUUUGGCUUACUAACUGACGAGGCCAUUGAGAAUCAUCUCUUCAACCUUGCAUACCCCGACGGCGCCAUGGACGAGUAUUACGGUGGUGACGUCCGGUAUUACGGUGAUGACCUCCGCACCGCCGUGAGGUUGCGCAGGAGAGUGGGAGAAAUGUGGGCCAUUAAAAAUGCUGUGCCGAUCGAGUGGAAAUGGGCUGACCGCAACAUUGAUAUGGGGUCCGCUGGGUUCGUACAGGCUGUAUGCGAGCUGAAGCUCAAAAGGGACAUCACGACGGAGGAGACUCACCUGAGUAUGGAAAGUGUCCGCAAUGAGAAAGGCAUACGCAGGGUCUUUGCGGAGUUUGGGCGACGGUACGCUAGCCUAUUUGCAGAGACGAUGGAGUCUACCGGUGAGACUACGGAGCCAGUCGCGCGAGCCACCAUCGCAACGGCCAAGCAAUCCUUCCACGACCUCUUCGUCUGGAAACAGCGAGUCGAGAUCAGGAACGAGUAUGGCGAAGUUCGCACAGGGUGGCAUAAACCACUGCCGCUGCGCAAUCCCAUCUCACUCCUCGCUCAGCUCCCGCCAUCCGGCUGGCUGUGUUUUAUUGUCGGCGUCGCAGCAUGGACAGCAGACGCAUUCGACUUCUUACGCUCUCAGUAUCCAAACCCGUGA